AUGGCUGUAUAUACCUUUUUCUUCUUGAUAAGCCUGUCAACUCGCAGCUCUAUCUUGGCCAUUGACAAGCUGUGCUCGGCUGCUUUCACAGCGAAUAAAGACGAUUGCGCAAAAGCAAGGACCUUCAUUCCUUACACAGGCCCUGCUGACAAUCAAGUAUUUGAUUCAACAAACACGGUGCAAAGAACGAGUGGAAAAUGCAUGAUAUCAGUCAGUUCAAAUGGAGAUGUUGCAAAGCAGGUACAGCAACUGUUCAGGGAAAAGUAG